AACUGGAGUGGCCAACGAAGGAAGGGACUCCUGAAAGAGAAAGAAGCGAGGUGAGUCGUUGCUGAGGGAGGCUUGAUAGAAAGUGUCUCGGUGGAAGAGAGGCGGAAAGAACCCAUUACUUCGAUUUGCUAUUCGAGUCUUAGGCAGUCCUCUCCGUUUCUGCCGCUCACAGGUUCAAGCUUUUCCCUGGGGAGAAAAGAGAAGGCUUCAUUCUUUGGUUGGCUUCAGGAAAGUUUGAGCUUAGUGCAUCCAAGGUUUUGCAUAAGAUGUACUUCUGGUUAUCAUCUUACCGAAAUGCAGGUAUUAAGCUGGUUUUGGAACCUAAAUGGAUAGCAAGAAGUUCAUUCAGUUGGUUGAGGAGAAAAAGAAGAGAAUUCUGGAGGAGAAAGAAGCCCCCUUGAAAUGGGAACAAAAGCUAGAAGCUGCUGCCAAGGCAAGAGCUGAUGCUGAAGCAAAAGAAAAGAAGCAGAAAGUUGCAAAGCAUAAGAGAAAAUCCACGUCAUCAUCUGAUGACAAUAGUGAUAGCGACAGCAGUGAUUCAGGGAGGACAGCAAAAAGAGCUCACAAGAAGCACAGGAAGCAUGGCCACUCAGAUUCUUCUGGUAAUAAUGAUAAAAGGAAAGAGAGGAAAUCCAGCCGAAGGCCAAACAAGCACUUCACUAGGUUGGAUGAUUAUACGCGUAGUGAUGGCAGUGAUGGUGGGUCUGAGGAAGAUCGCAGGAAGAAGCGAGUGCACAAGAGGAGGCACAGACAGCGCGGUGCAAAAUCAGAUUCAGGUGAUUCAGAGUUGAGCGAGGGAGAGCAUGCUGGGAAAAAUCAUGCUAGGCACCACAAACACCACCGUCGAUCCAUUGACGAUGAUUCUUUGUCUUCUGAUUCUGAUGAUAACAAACGUCAGCAUGCAAGACGCCACAAGCGCCAUCGCCGAUCCAGUGCAGAUGAUUCCAGUUCUUCAGAAUCCGAUCACAAGCGUGAAAGAAGCCGGUCCUUAGGGAAGUCAUCAGAUGACAACCAUGAUGAAUCAGGUAAACUGAGGAAGCAUAAGAAAUGUAAUCACCGGCAUGGCCACCAUAACCGGCAUCAUCAUCACCACAAUCACAACCAUAGGUCCCAUAGAUUAAAUGAAAGGGAUGAUCAACAUCAUUCGCUAGAACAGAAUGUGAAGAACUUGGAGAAUGGAGAUCAUGCUCAGCAUGCUGAGCAGGUGGAUAAGAAUGGCAGCAAUGGCAAUUGCGGUAUCGACAAUUGAGAAAGAUGGAGACACCUACCUACUGACGAUGAAAUAGUCAAUAAUUGUGCCUUUUUUUUUUUAUUUCUGUUUUUUCUUGGUGGGAUGAUCUCAUUUCUGGGUAAUUGAUGUCGAUGACAACUGCAGUAGACAUAGACCUUAAUUGAAUUUGGGUUUUCUUCUA